AUUUAAAAAUCUUCCCACCUUACAUUUUCCAUCUCGGAUCAGAUGUAUCAGUAAACAAAAAUUCCAAAAAUUCAUUCACUUUUCAACAGAAAUAUAUGCAAAAUGUAUUGGAACCCAGACUAUUCGGAAGAUGAGGAACAUCAAGAAUUUAUUUUUGGUGGCCGCGAAGCUUUGAUAGUGUUGAUAGACUGUGCAGAGUAUAUGUUCGCGGAACGAAGCGACGGGAACAAUAAUUUCCGCGAUGCAUUGGAAUGUGUGGAAGCGAUAAUGCGGAACAAAAUAAUCAGCAGCGAGAAAGAUCUGAUAGGAAUUAUAUUCUAUAACACGGAACAUAGUCCGGUAUUAUCGGAUGAAUUUGAAAACGAAAUUGGGCUUAUAGUCCCGAACCGGUCUGCUGUUUGUAUGCCACUAUCAAACACUUCGGCCGACCAAAUACGUAGAAUAAUAAAUUUGCGGGAAUCAGAUGAUUUUUGUGAUUUUGGUCGUCAAUUUGGUCAUUCGACAGACUGUAACUUGGCGGAUGUAUUAUGGCUUUGUUCUCGGGUGUUCACUCGUUGCGGCUAUAAACUUGAACAGAUGAGCAUAAUUUUGUUCACAUCGAAUGAUGAACCACACCCUGCGGGAUCCUACGAAUAUCAGCAAUGUUUCGUAAAAGCUAAAGACUUGCAACAACUUGAUGUGAAUAUUGUUCUCGUUCCAAUGAGCAUCGAUUUCGACGAAACAAAAUUUUAUCUGGAACUCUUGUGCACCGUAGGAAACGAGGAUCCUGAACUAUUUCGCUUCCCGCGGUUCGAAGAAUCACGUCAGCGACUGUUGAAUAGAAUUUUUAGAAAGGAUUUCAAGAAGAAGGCACUGUCCUCCAUUAAACUGCAAAUGUCGGAGGAUGUCAUAGUUGGUGUAAGCAUAUAUUCUCUAUCAAGAAAACCGCGGUUUCCUGUUAAAGUAACAUUAGCAAGAGAUUCUAAUGAAACUAUCUUCACCAAAAGAUCAUACGUUAUGUGCACUGUAGGAGAAGAUGGUGAAAGUUCGAUAACGCCACUUCUCCCGGGCGAUCAAAGGAAAAUUCAAAGCGUUGGUGGUGAAAAAAUUAGCUUCACUGCCAACGAAGUAAUUUCGAUGAAACAAAUGCUGCAGCCUGGACUACGGUUGUUGGGAUUUAAACCUUUCUCUAAACUAUCACCUGCAAACCAUCUACGCAGUUCUCUUUUUGUGUAUCCGGAUGAAGCUACAAUAAACGGUUCCAGCAUCCUUUUUCGUGCACUGUAUGAGAAGUGCCUUGAGAAACAAAAAGCAGCCUUCUGCAUCUUGACUAUGCGACGCAAGCAACCGUCCAAAUUGGUGGCAUUAAUUCCACAAGAGUGUUGUUACGACGAAGAUGGGGAGCCUUUUCGACACAGCGGAUUCAGAAUAGAAUUCAUACCAUAUGCAGCCGACAUAAGAAAACUGGAGGUUUUCGAACGUUCUCCUGCCGAUGUCGAUAAUGAACAGAUAUAUCUUUUCAAGAGUAUCGCAAAAAAGAUUAAAUUCAAGUACCACCCAUCUCAGUUUGAUAACCCAGUAUUAACGACACUCUAUGCCAACAUUGAAGCGCUUCUCUUCGACAAGAAUGAUUUGGAAGUAUUUGACUCAACGAAAACGGAUAAUGAUCGGAUAGACGCAAAAGUUGCAAAAUUUGUGUCUUCUAUAAAUGAACUUUUUGGAGAAGAUGUCAAGGAAUUUGCUAAGAAAAGAAUCAAAGAUAGUGCUGCUGGCAGUCCCGCCGCAAAGGCGCCUAAAUUGGAUGCGGUAGACUCUCAGUUUGUGAUAGAAUCAAUAAAAAAUGGAAAGACAGGAGCUUUAUUGGUCAGUGUACUACGAUCCUAUUUAGAGCAACUAGAUAUUAGCGGCAUUUCAAAACUGAAGAAGGCGGAGCUCAUAGAUUUGAUAAAACAACACCAUAAGUUGUAGCAUGAUUUUUAUUUAUCACAAGUUUCAGAUAUAUUAAAUAUAUUGCUGGACAUUUGUUAUAGCUUGUUUGGUAUGGCACUCCGUAUUGAUGCCGUUCUAUGAUACUUAUUUUAUGAAAUGCGAAUGAAAAAACA